AUGGCCAGCCCAGAGAAUACACCGACAACAGACCAGAGCAUGAUAAGGACAUUGCCUGGUUUUCUUGGUGGUUCUGUCCUAUGGCCUAAGAAGUGGGCCACGGGGCGGGAGGCCUGGAUCGGACCACCAAACCCUUUGGGAGCAGCCAAGCAGUUUCUAUAUAAGAAUCGACGAGGGAAACAUGAGAGAAGAAAUGACCAGAAAAAGACUGAGGCCCUUGAGCUGAGUCAAGAGUUCCAGGCCUGGGCAUUUCGCGGUUGCGACAUGCCGAGUUUGACGGUGAACAGUCAAAACAUCACGGAUUGGAGCGGGCGAAAGAAAUCUUCUCACAGGACGCCGGGCCCGACAGCGGGAGUUUAUAUUCCGCCUGGUUGGACAAUCGGUUUCUCCGCGGAUAACACGGUGCAACGGCAGUGGGUAGACCCUGUGGAGAGGGCCAUGAUACUAGGCAAAAAGACCCAUCUAUUUUUUCAAUGUUGGCGCUCUCGAAAUCUUAUCAUCAUGGCCAUCUUGGACAGAAGGGACCACCGUACCUGCCAAGACCCAACGGUGGCUGAGAACUCAGCAUUUGUUUCAAAUCAGCCAAUCAGAAGCGUCACAGCGGUCUCGUUCGGCACACGGUUAUCAAGAUGCCCGCAAGCAGUAAAGCGUCUAUGGCUGCUGGAUACAGGGAAGAAGGCGUGA